GCUGAGUCAGCCGCGGACCAGCCCUUCUGGCGCUUCUUCGUCUGUUUUGUCCAGCUCUUUGGGUUCUUGUGGUGCGCUGCUUCUUGUGGUGCAUGUUUUCCUAUCUCCCGUGCCGCCGCUGUGCUCUACAUGUCUGCUGCCCCUGCUUCUCCGCCCGCUAAUGUCCUGUUUCAGCGCCCCUGACGUGUUUCUCAAGGCCCUCGACAGGCUAGAGAAGUUGCUCUACCUCCCAGCCCUGCUCGAUCCUUCCUCUGCUGCCAUUGUAUACGCUGCUGUUUCUGACCCUGUAAUCUUGUCCUGUGGCUGCAUUUUCUCCAGUGCCCUCUUCCUGUCCUCCUCCUCUUCCACCUGCCCCAUCUGCCUGCUCUCCCCUGUCUUCAAGGUCUCCAACCUCAACAUCUUGCGCAAGCUAGCAAAGUACAUCUCCAACUACAAGGCUCUCUUCAGGAAAAACUCCUCCUCUCUCGCCCCCCUAUCUGGUACCUCUCACACUCGCAACAUUCCACUUCAAUCCUCAAAAGGUCUCGACCAUAACCAAACUUUUCUCCAAUCUAGUUCAAACACUACUACCAUUAAAAAGAACAACAAAAAGAAGUUUGUCAAAUUUGAAUACACUGAAAAAAGACACAUCGAUGCGAUUAAAGAAAUAAAAAAAAAACAUGAAGAUGAAAAAUUCUUAAAUCGCUCCUUAUUUGAUCCCGUAUUAAGAGACAAUUGUGAAAAUAAAUCUUUACUCGCCAUUUUUGACAAUGUAGCUAAAAAGAUUAAAAAUAACAGUGAUCAAAAUAUCGAUAAAAAUAAUGACAAUACUAUCAGGAAUGCUAACAUCAUCAUCACUUCUUCUGAUCCAAAUACCAUUUCAAAUAAUAUUUCAAAUAUUUCAAAUAAUAUUUCAAAUAUUUCAAAUGAUAAUAACAUUACCAUUCCCAUAAUUGACCAGCCAAUUAAAUUAUUAUCCAACACUCCGGUCUCUUCAUCUCCUCAACAAAUUUCAGAUAUCUAUUUUAAAUUAAACCCAUCUUAUCUUAACCCCAAUCUAACUAAAAAUAACAUUUCUAUUAACAAUAAUUUAUUUCCACCAAAGACGGUAUCCUUCACAAACCAACCUCCAUCUUCUCUUCCCUUUGCAUCCUUUUCGUCUAAUAACAACAUCGAUCGAAACAUAUCCUCUUCUAAUACAAAUCCUCCUAUCAUAUCUUCUGUUGAUCCUUUAGAUACAUCCCAAUACAUCCCUCCUUCUUCCUCUUCUCCAAUUCCAAUCCCAAUACAAAAUACAAUACAAAAUACAAUCCCAAACUCAAACUCAAAUUCAAAGAUAUCUUCUUUAUCAAAAUCCCUAUCAAACGUUAUUCGAAAAUCUGCUUCUGUUUCUUCUCUCCUAAAAAAGAAGAGCUCAUUUUCAAAUUUAAACUCAAUUUCAAAUGCAAGCUCAAACCUAAUUCAAAUCUCAAACCAAACCUUAAAUCAAAACCUAAAUCAAAACUCAAUUUCAGAUUCUCAAUCAACUUCUUCAAACAUUCUUUCUUUAAAUAACAACAAAAACAACAACAUAAUCAUGAUUAAUAAUAAUAAUAAUAGUAAUGAUUCAAUAAAAUUCGGCUCCUCUUAUAACUCAUUUCCUCCAAAAUCAAAUUUAUCCUAUAUAUCCUCUCCAUCUAACUAUCCGUCUGUAACAAUUCCUCUUGCAAAUUACGAAGCAAGAUUCUCCACCAAUUUCCCAAUUUAUCGAAAAAAAAUCCAACAUCCUUUCAAACUCAAUAGAAAAAACUAUCUCAAAAGACCAGAUUUCAUUGGCACCGCUUUAUCUCCAUUGGCUACAAAAUUCGCUCUAAUCGAUGAAAAAAGAUGGUUUGUUUAUAAAAUCUCUUCAAACUCGAAUAAGAAGCCCUCUUUAUUAUGCUGUGGUAAUAAAGAUGGGGACUAUGGCACAAAUUUCGAAAAUCUAAUCCAAUACAACCCUUACAAUAAUAACUUAUCUCCAAACAUAGAUUUGCUAAUUAAUGGCAAUUCGCAGGCAAAAGAAUUUAUUAAAAAGGGUAUUUGGGAAUUCUCUUUUGUCGCCUUAAGCGAGAAUCUAUUAGUAAUAUACGGAAAGAGAUUGAUUAGAAUUUACGAUGUCUCCAAUAACGGCAUGCCAAUUUAUACAAGAUAUGGAAUCUCAGUUAGAUGUAUGGAUAUCUCUCCAAUUGAAAAUUUAAUUGCUUUGGGGUUGACUAAAAAGGACAAGGCAACUGAUGGAGAGGGAAGUAUAAUUCUUUUAAUUCAAUUGUCAUUCCAACCCAAUUUCAAUUUCAAUCUCAAUAAUGCUGACAGUAAUAUUAAUAAUAUUAAUAAUGAAAAUAAUAAUGAUGGAAAUAAUAGUUUUAUACUAGACUCAAAUAUACCUACUAUUUCAACUUAUCGAAACUCCAAUUCUUCUUCUGCUGCUUCAAAUCCCUCUUCUCCAACAAUCUCAUCUUUUUUCAAUAACAUUGUUAAUACUAAUAAUACUACUACUAAUAAUAAUAAUAUAAAUGCAUCUAAACUGAUUUACUCUCAAGGGUCUUCUGUCAAAAGUCCUGGGGAAAUAAGUACCAAUGACGGAAAUUCAUCAAAUGCAAGAUCAUUUAAUUUUACAUUAACUAGCGUUGAUCAUAAAUUGAUAACGCUUGGAUAUAACGAUCCAAUCAAUGUUGUGAAGUUUUCGAAAGAUGGAGUUUAUCUUUCGUGUGCGACUAUUUUGGAAUCGAGAUUUAUGGUUAUAAAUGUUCGAAAUCCUGCCGAUGUUCGAUUGGUUAUGAAGUCGAAAAAGGAUAUUGACACAGCAUAUGAAAGUGAAGGGAUAACGGAUUUGGAAUUUGUGGAUGCGGAUAAUAAUCUUAUGGUGGUGUCGUCGGUUGCUUUUAAAACGCCGCCAGUUUUGAUUGAAACAUUGAUCCCCAAGUCAAAUCCAGAUUUGUUGUUCACUCAGCCGAGAUUGAAGGCGAGAAUUAAUAAUAUCGGAUCAGCUAUUCAUAGGUGUACAGCGUCACCCCGAGGGUACGCGUUGUCGUUGUUGAAUAAAAAGGGAGAUGUUUUCAUAGUGGAUAUCAGUGGAGCACAAGAGAUACGAAGGAUUUUGAUGGUCGACAAUGUUAUGAGUGCGACCAAGAAGUCAGAGUCUGCCAGUCUUGGAUUUUCAGCAGAUGGGUACAAGCUUUUUAUUAUAGAUCGAAGGGGGACAUUGUAUAUUGAUGAUUUUAUAGCUGGGACGCCACAAAGUCCGGAUGUUACAAAAUGCAAGUCUGUAUUAUAAAGAAACAUUUAUUUUUGUUAAUUUUGUUAAUUUUGUUAUUAUUUUUGUUAAUUUUGUUAUUAUUUUUGUUAUUAUUUUUGUUAUUAUUAUUA